AUGAAGAGGAAAUACUUGUGUGGUCACAAUCGUCCUCUGACGCACGUGAAUACAAAUUACGAUGGGGACUUGCUCUUCACCACAGGAAGGGAUAAAAAGUUCAUUUUGUGGAGACUGGCCGAUGGAAAUCAGAUAGGCCUGUACGAGUGCAGCGGUGCCGUGUACAACUCAGAUGUGACGUACGACAGCAAACGCAUUGUCUGCUCCUGCGCAGCGAACAAGGUAUAUGUAUUUGAUGUGUACACAGGAGAGACGCUGACCGUACUGGAGGAAAAUGGCCCAGUACGUUUCGUCGAGUUUAACAAAAAUCCCUUAGACCAAAGCAAAAUAAUUGUGGCGACUGACAGACUGAAGGUAGAGCACAAGCGAUUUAUCAAACUGUAUGAUUUAAAAAGUAACACAGUGGUGUGGAAACAAGAACAUGAAAGUAGGUGCAUCCAAGUGAGGUGGUGUUUUUUUGACCAGCUCAUUUUAUCUGCACACGAAAAUGGAGAAAUUGUAAUAUGGAAUGCCGAGGAUGGUCACCAACUGAGGAAGAUACAAGCUCAUUCAAAGGAAGUUACAAAUAUGGCAUUUGACAAGGACAGGAUGAUUAUGUUAACGUCUUCUUCAGAUGGAACAGCGACCUUAAGAGAUGCAAUUAAUUUCGAUAUUAUAAAUGAAUACACAACGGACAGACCACUAAACACAUGUGAUAUUUCUCCCCUUUUUAAAAAUGAAAAUAACCCCAAAAAUCACAUCAUUUUAGCUGGUGGGCAGGCAGCAGAAUAUGUUACCACCACGGCCUCAGGGGAGGGAAAAUUUCAAACGCUCCUCUACGAUAUAAUACACGCAAAUGAGUUAGGAAGCAUCAAGGGCCACUUCGGUACUGUCCACUCGAUUAAGUUCCUGCCACACGGCGAUGGCUUUGUGUCGGGCGGAGAGGACGGCUUCGCCAGAAUUUAUCACUUUGAUAAGGACUACUUCAUCGGCAGGUACGACUAG